CAUAUUGUCAAAAGUCACAAGUAAAUGAUAAUGGGCGCUGUCUGCAAUCAAUAACAUCUAAAACAUGGAAUAAUAGCACAAAAUGGCACACAAACAGUCUCAUCGCAUAAUCAAACUAUAGUGGGAUACCAAAACUGUUUUUCAGCGUAAUAAGUUGAUGAAUUGUCUUGUAGCGAAGGGAGAGGCGUCUGGCUCGUCCGUUGCGGAACGUAAACUAUAACAAAAUGUUCAUUUAAGUUUACAUUGAGUGCCGAGCAAACAAACAAUGAUGAACGUGCCUAGUACCUCGUCAACAGACAGCGUUAUGAAACGCCACAAAUCUAUGGAAUGGUGGUACUUUGGCCCAGUAUUGUUGGCAAUAGUUAUGUUCCUUUUGAUGGGCACAAUCUUCGAGCGUAGGAUCGAAUCUCUCUGGCGAAGAAUUAUUGAACGCCGUCAAGCGCAACUCUCGCAAUUGUCGCAACAAUCUGACCACCAAGAGCUUCCUCUAGCUGAAGGGACCACCAACUCACUGCACACAGUUAAGACUCCGUCACAGCGAACUCUGGCAAGCGGUAAGACCGGCAGCACUUCUGGUGACAAUAACUUACAGCCCAUCGAAACCAGGACCUAAUGUAUACCCGACUGAACAAGAUCAUCCCGAAAUUUCUGGAAUUCCGAGAGGAGAGUCUAGAACCGCAGCUGUAUAGGUAUCAGAUCUGGUUGAGCACUCUGAUACUCAGGAACAACACCCAAGCUAGGUACGAAAUAAUGGAAAGGAACUUUGUCAAGAGAUGCCACGUAAUCGCAGGGAAUUUUAAGGAAUUCUCUAGUCUAUUGUCUAAACUGUUCAAUGUGGUAUAGACUUCUGCAUACGGCUUGGAGUUAAGUACUUCUGAGAAAAUUAGCAAGUGAUAGCAGCCUUCUCAGCGUGUAGAGGCUAAUUUGAGGGAGCAUUAAUUUGGUUUAUUCCAUAAAAUGUUGUUUAUUACUUUAGAUAAAGUGAAAGACAUAAUGGAAUUAGAGCAAAAGCUAGACUUCUUUCAAAGUAGACUACACCUUGAGAGGGAUUCAAUAAAUAUUUUGCAGAUACUCAUAAAA